GUAAAGAGAUUCAGGCUUUUACUUUGGAGUCAGCAGCUCCACUGGUUUACACUCUGCAUGUCGUCUGAAUGUGUGUGGGUCAAAUAUUUUCCUUUAGCCACCGUUAGCAUGUCAAGUCCAAAUAGGAUAUAAUCAGUCUCCAAAUCAGGUUUAGGUUGUUUAUCAUUAAGGCAUACAAGAGGACAUACACAUUACUGGUAAAUCUUUUGCAUAUCUACCUUGUUUGGAGACUUUAAAGGCAAAAACAUGGACCAAGAGGAUCGCUCUCCUCUCAAACACUUUGUACUGGCCAAAAAGAAGAUCAGCGAUGUUUUCAAGCUGCUGCUUAAUUAUGUUGAGGAAGGUUCACAGUUUGUUAAAGAUACGUGUUAUAAUGAAUCGUUAGAACACAUUGCUAAUAGAGAUCAAUUAGAGGAGAUAGAGACGUACACCAGCAAACUAGCAGUUAUAAAAGAGGUUUUGGCUCGCAGACAUAUGAAGGUGGCCUUUUUCGGAAGAACAAGCAAUGGGAAGAGCACUGUUAUCAAUGCCAUGCUCCGUGACCGGGUGAUGCCCAGCGGCAUUGGUCACACAACAAACUGCUUUUUGAGCGUUGAAGGCACUGAUGAAGAUCGGGCUUAUCUGAAGACUGAGGGAUCAGAAGAAGAGAAGAGCAUCAAGACCGUCAAUCAGUUGGCUCAUGCACUGCACAUGGAUGAAAGUCUUGACGCAGGCUGUCUGGUUAAGGUCUUCUGGCCCAAAACGAAGUGUGCUCUUCUUAGGGAUGACCUAGUACUCAUGGACAGUCCUGGGACUGAUGUCACCACACAGUUGGACAGCUGGAUCGACAAGUUCUGUCUGGACGCUGAUGUGUUUGUGCUGGUGGCCAACUCAGAGUCCACACUAAUGAACACGGAGAAACACUUCUUCCACAAAGUAAAUGAACGCCUUUCAAAGCCUAACAUUUUCAUCCUGAAUAAUCGCUGGGAUGCUUCUGCCUCUGAACCUGAAUACAUGGAGGAUGUGCGUAAGCAGCACAUGGACCGGUGUGUGAACUUCCUGGUGGAGGAGCUCAAGGUGGUGGAUCGCGAACAGGCUCACAAUCACAUCUUUUUUGUGUCUGCCAAGGAGGUGUUAAACUCCAGAAUGCAGCGGGCGCAGGGUAUGCCAGAGUCUGGUGGCGCAUUAGCAGAAGGCUUCCUAGAGAGACUGAAGGAGUUCCAGAAUUUUGAGAGGACGUUUGAGGAGUGUAUCUCGCAGUCAGCAGUGAAAACAAAGUUUGAGCAGCACACAAUCAGGGCAAAGCAGAUCACUGAAAGGGUUCAAGGCAUCAUGGAUCAAAUCAACAUCGCAGCCGCUGAAAAGAGGGUGGCCUCUCUGGAGGAGAGAGAGUAUCUGAUGGAUCGUUUGGAGUUUGUCCGAAAUCAGCUCAACCUUCUCAUUGAUGAUAUUAAAAAGAAAAUUAAGACUGUCUCAGAGCAAGUGGCCAACCAGGUAUCGAAUGCCAUGGCAGAGGAGAUCUGUCGCCUCUCUGUGCUCAUAGAUGAGUUUCGUGCAGACUUUCACCCUUCUCCUCAUGUGCUUAAACUCUACAAAUCAGAGCUGCUUAACCAUGUGGAGAAGGGAAUGGGAAAGAACUUGGCCUUCCGCUGCUCUGAUGCAGUCAAUAUUUCUGUGCAGUCUUCUCAGAAAGAAAUGAUCGAAUGUUUGCAGCCUUUGCUCCCACCUGAUGUUCAGAGCCAGAUCCACAUGCUGAUUCCUUCCAAAAAGUUUGACCUCAGCUAUGACCUGAACUGUGCGACGCUUUGUGCUGAUUUCCAGGAAAAUAUUGAAUUUCAAUUCUCUCUUGGCUGGACUGCUCUUGUCAGCCGCUUCCUCGGUCCAGCCAAUGCCAAGCGUGCCCUCAUGCUGGUCGAUCAAAACCUUCAGCUCACACGUCCUUUGGCCACCACUCCAGUAAGUGUCACCGGACAGGCCCCACCCCCUAGAGUUGCUGCCACUACUCCGAACGAAUCCCAAGCUAUUAUAAGCCAGGAGGAGCUCAUGAUGUCUAUGAUCACAAAUCUGGCUUCCAUCACCUCACGCACGUCUAUGAGUGUGCUCAUUGUCGGAGGAAUGGUGUGGAGGAUGAUAGGCUGGAGAGUCAUUGCUUUAUCCACCAGUCUUUAUGGCUUGUUGUACUUAUUUGAGAGACUCACAUGGACAACCAAGGCUAAAGAGAGAGCCCUGAAGAAGCAGUUUGUAAAUUAUGCCACUGAGAAACUCCAACUGGUCGUCAGCUUCACCAGUUCAAACUGCAGUCACCAAGUGCAGCAGGAGAUCACCAGCACGUUUGCCAGACUAUGUCAGCAAGUGGAUGUUACGCAGCGGGACCUGAAGAGUGAAAUUUGCCGCCUGUCAACAAAAAUUCAGCAGCUGGAGAUGGUCCAGAGCAACUCCAAAUCGCUUAGACACAAAGCCACAGAGUUGGAGAGGCAGCUAGAGAGCUUCAAAAGCCAGUACCUCCAGCCACAUAACUGAAUUCCAUAUUCUAACUUAGCACCUUGUCUCAGGCGACAUACCAUGGGACUUUUCGUUUAUUCCACCAGGAAAUAAACAGGUUUGAUUGCUGUGUUUAACUUAGCUUAAAUCUGUUUUGUAAUGAAAUCAGAUUGAUCUCUGAAAACACUAUGGUAUGAACUGUGACAGAAAAAAACCCAUGAAAACGAAAAUGAAAAGGGUUGAAUUGUAGAAUGACUUCAUGGCACUUCUCAGAACACUGUAAAGCAGUUUGUAUCUAACAGAACCAGAUUUCAUUGUUCACAUCCAUAUAACGUGAAACUGAGCCCUCUUCUCAAUUGUUUUCUAGAAGAGAAUGUUCAGAAAUUAUUUAAUAUCAGUAUUUUGAAGGUAUCCUUUUGCUCAGUGCCUAUAUUUCAGUAUGUUCCUUAAAAAAAAAACUUUGAUUCUAACCCCUUGUGAAGGAUUUUUGUGCUUUGUAAAAUUGCAAAAAAUCUGUCUAAAAAUUAAUAAAAAACGAAAUAAAAUAUUCCCCAUGAUUGUGUAAAAUUGCUUGCCUCUUUUUUUUUUUUUUUAGAUUAAGUAAUGUGAGCAACCAACAGAUUUGGUUAAAAAUUGUAUUUAAUACAAUAUCAACUUAUAGUAACACCAAUAUCACCAAGCCACUGUACAAAUACUAAAAAAAAACUGUUAAGACUAUAAAAGAAAAAUAAUUUUUAAAUGAGUAGUCCAUAAGAUGGCACUAAAAAAUAUCAAGGAAGAAAAAAAAGCCUUUUUUUUUUUUUUUACUGGCUAAAAAGAUUUCUUUAAGGAGCAGGGGCAGGUAUCUAUUUCUGCUUAGUGGCCCUGCGGUGUUUCACUUUAUAUAAAAGGCUUAAUACAGUGUUAAUACAGUUUCUGUCCAACAGAAUAAAAUCCAUAAAAUUUAAGAAAACCAACACUUCAUUCUGCAGUUAAAAACAGCAACGCUGUUAAUGCCGUUGGGAUUUCACUGAAACACUCGCUACAAUACACUCUGCUCUACACAUAUUUAAGCACCAGGGUUGUACAACAUGUGGCUGCAUUCUAACAGUGUGUCCACUAUGCUCACUUGUUAAAGGAUUUUAUGUUCCACAGUCAAGUUGAACAAUGGCACACAUAUUGGUAUAAAAAUGUCUAGGAAUGUUCUGAUGAAUGUAGAUAAGACUACACACUAAGGCAUUUUUAAAAGAUCUGGUUUAUAAUACAAAAUAAAUAAAUGUUGAAUGGUCUGGAUGCAUCAAAUCACUGCUUGGAAUUGUAAUGGACAUGGCUAAAAAUGCUAAAGCACUGCCAAUUGUUUUGUUCCUUUGGUUACUGCUGAUACACACUGAUAAAAUAAUGAAAUACUGCAAUGUUUAGGGGUAAAGGCAAAACAGGCACACUGCCUUGUGCACAAUAUAUCUAGUGUUCUUCAUUAGCAGCAGCCUAAAUUUAAUUUCACAGCUAAAAUAGUUAGCAUGCUACAGUCUUGACCAAACAAACAAACAGCUCAUUCAGGCUAUUGCAAUGUAAAUGGCUUUAUAAUGAACUACAGACUAAUCAUUGAUCCUACACUGCACAUGUCUGGGUCUUCAGGUUUUUAAACAUUCUCUAAGUAGCACUUGGAAUGGGCUGAGGUCAGAAUGAAUUUUCAGGUGGAUCCGAAUAAUCAACAGUGCAGAACAAAAAUAACCUUUUACAUGUGUACUGCAGUAAAAAAAAUGUGAAUUGAUAUUAUGAAACUUAUUGUGGCCACUAGUAUGAGGAGGGGAGGG